AUGUCAGGACACCACCGCAUCACCCUCGCGGCCAACCCCCCCUAUUUUGAUGGGGACAAGACCAAAUACAUGGGCUUUGUGGACUCAUGCACCACCUACAUUGGUGCAUACCGGUCAGAAUUCUUGCUGGAUGGAACAAAAAUCCUCUUCAUCCUCUCCUACCUCCGCAAUAAGGCUGGCACAAGCUGCGCCGCCUCAAGAUGGGCAAUGAACUGGAAGCAGUGCAACUUCGAAAGCGUUAAUGGAGUAAAGGCUGUGGUCACCUUGGUGACCUUCUUGGAGGAGCUUCAGAGGGCCUUUGGGGACUCCAAUGCAGAGCAAGUUGCCGCCGCUUGA